AUGUCUUUUCAACGAUCUGUUAGAGUUCAGUCAUUGAAUCAACCAUCGCCAUUGGCUGAGAGAAUAACUUAUGAAGAGCCUCUAACAAAUAAAACGGCUCAGAGCACCGUCACCUGCGUCUACCUAACCAAUGUUGCAGGAUAUUGGCGUAAUGUGACGGUGUUAUGGUGUAAGAACCUCAUGAACCAUUCCUUCAGCAUUAAGGUGGAUAGUCUAGAAGGCGAUUAUCAUUUCUCUUGCAAGAUUGACCUCAAGCCUUGGCAUUUUUGGAGCAAAAAAGGCUUUAAGUCAUUUGAGGUGGAAGGGAAUCAAGUGGAGGUCUACUGGGAUCUCCGUUCGGCUAAAUUUUCCGGCGGGCCUGAGCCGUUUGCGGAUUAUUAUGUUGCUCUAGUUUCAGAUGAAGAGGUGGUGUUGUUAUUGGGAGACUAUAAGAAAAAGGCAUAUAAGAGAACAAAAUCCAGGCCGGCCCUUGUUGAUGCUGUUCUAGUUUACAAGAAAGAAAACGUAUUCGCCAAGAGAAGCUUCUCUACAAGAGCUAAAUUGGACGAGAGAAAAGAACACGAAAUUGUUGUGGAGAGCUCGACAUCGGGACCUAGAGACCCCGAAAUGUGGAUAAGCAUUGAUGGGAUCGUGUUGAUUCACGUUCGGAAUUUACAAUGGAAGUUCAGAGGGAACCAGACCGUGCAAGUUAACAAGCACCCGGUGCAAGUGUUCUGGGAUGUACAUGACUGGCUAUUUAGUAGCCCUGGCCUGGGGCAUGGUUUGUUUAUAUUCAAGCCAGGCGCACCGGAUCAAUGUGACAGUAACAGCAGAGAAUGCAGCAGCCAUGGAGGAGGUGGUGAUAGCGAUGGAAGCUCCACUGGGUUUUAUUCUACUAAGAGUAAUCUAACAGCCUCCGAAUUCUGUCUUUUUCUUCAUGCUUGGAAAAUUGACUGACUAUUAA